AGAAAGUCAGAGCACCCAACAGCCCCACACUUUGCAUCGACGCUCUGUCCUGAGCAGAACAGGGCACCCCCCGACGGCGUGUCACCCAGCACCUCUCUGCGUUUUCUGCACCCGGGGAUGUAGAGAAGCUGCAGCUUCCACAGCAGAGAACCUGGAAUUUGCUCAAGCCAGAAGCCCCCCACCCCUGACAGCACAGACCCUCUGAGUUCUGCUUCCCACCAGAAGCCAUGCCUCUGUCUGGGACACCCGGCCCCAACAAAAGGAAAAAGUCAUCCAGGAUCAUCACGGACCUCUCCCUCAUCACACAGGAGGAACGUGAGACUGAACCUGAUGCCUCUACAUUAGACCUGGGGAAGAAGAUCAGAGCCCCCAAAGACAUCAUGCUGGAGGAGCUGUCCCUACUCAAGAACAAGGGCUCCAAGAUGUUCAGGAUGAGGCAGCAGCGUGUGGAGAAGUUUGUGUAUGAGAAUAACCCAGACCUCUUCAGCAGUGAGUCUAUGGAGAACUUUCAGAAGCUGGUGCCCACUCUUGGAGGACAGAUGAUGGAUGUCGGUGGCCAUAUCUACGGGCAGACAGUGUCCCGUAUUGGCAGGCAUGGGCAAGCACCAAUCCCUCCUCCCAAACCUGGAAGCCUGGCAAAAGGAGCGUUCAGUGGAGGUGCAGGAGGGACCAUGGGGGUUGUUGGCAGUACUUUGGGCACUGGUGGUGCCAGGGGUUUUGCAGGUGGUGCUGUGGGGGAGGGUCUUGAAGAAAAAGGAGAAGGAGACAGCCAGCAGGAUCAUGGUGGAGCUUUGAUCAAAUCUAAAAAGAAGUGUGAGCUAGUGAAGACAUACAUGUCACCAUGGGAACGGGCUAUGAAGGGCGACACGGAGCUGACGGCCACUAUGAAGAUUCAGAUGCCAGGACCUAUUACCCAAAAGGACGUACCCAUGUACAAGUGUUUCAACAGGAGUGCAAUGCCUUAUGGCGGCUUUGAGAAGGCCUCCCAGCUCAUGACUUUCCAGCUGCCUGAGAUUGAGGCAGCCGUGGAGGACCUGGAGCCUCCUGUGGUGUACCACCAUGACAUCGGCUCACGGCCCUCCUUCAACCGCACACCAAUUGGAUGGGUGGGCAGCGGGGAGACUGGCCACAUCCAAAUGGAGCUGGACACCAUCCCCUUUGAUGGGGAGACCGACGACCUGUGAAGGAGCCUCUGACCCCUCCACCCUCAGCCUGCUACUACCCCCCAAUGCAGGCAUCACACAGCCAUAGGUUAGUUCCACAUCAUAAGCUCACAUACAGCCCCACAUCCCUACCAUACGCACUCAAACACAUAUAUACAUUCACUGGACCCCUUCACACCAAACACUACAGCAACAGAAAAGCCUGAAUGCCCAUGAACACAGAUCUGACCAGCAACCAAUCUCUCCCCCAACCUCCUUCUCAUAAUCAUGUUUCCAUUAAUGGCAUCGACUUUUCAGCAGGGAUUCACACAUAAACAUCAAACAUACAGUCCCCCCCCCCUUGCUUCAAGAGUGAGGAGUGCAUGAGUACUGCUUGAUGGUGAUGGCAAAAACAGUGGAACAGGAGUGAGGACGAUACCCAGCUUUCUUUGCAGUUUUUUCUUGUGUAUGUGCAUCCAGAAAUUGCAUAGCUGUACCGCUAAUUUCACUUGACUGCGCCUCCUAUGGCCCAGUCCUGCGUUUUUAACAGGGCUUUUCCCAUAAUGCAACAGACAGUGUUUCGUAACAGAACUUCAGAAGGCAUUGCCUCACCAUAGCUAAGAGUACAACAUUACUUGCCCUCACAGUUACUUGCCUGCUUCCUACUUUGUAACUAAAUCAAUGCAAUAAACUUUUCCGAGCUAAUUCAAAA